AGCUGCAGAGGGAGGGGGCGGCCCGGCACGGCCCAACUCUGCCCUCGGCCGGCCCGACCCCGGCCCCGGCCCCCGGACAAGCCCUUAUCUGAUCCCAGCUCGGGGUUUAAGAGUCUUAGCCCUGUCGGUCACACAGCUCCGCCCGUCACUCCUGCCCGCCCCGUCGGUUCAUCUGCCCCAGUGCCCCGCACUUCAUCAGAGCAGCCACUCCACCUCGGAGUCAAGAUGACAUCAGUUGCCAAGGUCUACUAUAGUCAGACGACUCAGACAGAAAGCAGGCCUCUAGUGGCCCCAGGAAUACGGCGGAGGAGGGUUCUGACCAAAGAUGGCCGUAGCAACGUGAGAAUGGAGCAUAUUGCUGACAAGCGUUUCCUCUACCUCAAGGAUCUAUGGACGACCUUCAUUGACAUGCAAUGGCGUUACAAGCUUCUGCUCUUCUCUGCAACCUUUGCAGGCACCUGGUUCCUCUUCGGUGUGGUGUGGUAUCUGGUAGCUGUGGCCCACGGGGACCUGUUGGAGCUGGGACCCCCUGCCAACCACACCCCUUGCGUAGUGCAGGUGCACACGCUCACCGGAGCCUUCCUCUUCUCCCUCGAGUCGCAGACCACCAUCGGCUAUGGCUUCCGCUACAUCAGUGAGGAGUGCCCGCUGGCCAUUGUGCUCCUCAUUGCGCAGCUGGUGCUCACCACCAUUCUGGAAAUUUUCAUCACGGGUACCUUCCUUGCAAAGAUCGCCCGGCCCAAGAAGAGAGCGGAGACUAUCCGUUUCAGCCAGCACGCAGUUGUAGCCUCCCACAAUGGGAAGCCUUGCCUUAUGAUCCGAGUUGCCAAUAUGCGAAAGAGCCUCCUCAUCGGAUGCCAGGUGACAGGCAAGCUGCUUCAGACCCACCAGACAAAGGAGGGUGAGAAUAUUCGGCUCAACCAGGUCAAUGUGACUUUCCAAGUAGACACAGCCUCUGACAGCCCCUUUCUCAUUCUUCCCCUGACCUUCUACCACGUGGUAGACGAGACCAGCCCCUUGAAGGAUCUCCCCCUCCGCAGUGGGGAGGGGGACUUUGAGCUGGUGCUGAUCCUAAGUGGGACAGUGGAGUCCACCAGCGCCACCUGUCAAGUUCGCACUUCCUACCUACCGGAGGAGAUCCUCUGGGGCUAUGAAUUCACACCUGCAAUCUCAUUGUCAGCCAGUGGCAAAUACAUAGCCGACUUCAGUCUUUUUGACCAAGUUGUGAAAGUGGCUCCCCCUAGUGGUCUCCGUGAUGGCACUGCACGUUAUGGAGACCCUGAAAAGCUCAAGUUGGAGGAGUCACUGAGAGAGCAGGCUGAGAAGGAAGGCAGUGCCCUUAGUGUGCGCAUCAGCAACGUCUGACAUCCUGCUCUCUCCUCCCCAGCCCUCUGGCCUUUUCCUCUUUCAGUGCCCUGGGAAAAGGAUCCUAUCUGGGUUCGCUGGAGAGCCCCGGAAGCACCCACUCUCUACUCGCCCUUAGCCCGGUGGCCUGUGAGUAGUCCAGGCCGGCUGGAGUCCUACGUUGUCCUCUCACUGUCCCCUUGCACCUUGCACCUUACUCUACUACUACACCAGUGUACACGACUCUUAAGCCAGGAUGGGGGACGGAGAGGGAAGAUUAGGCUGGAGUGGCUUGAAGGGCCUCAGCCAUGCUUGGAGAUUCACAUUAGGAGGGCCACGUGACUGGAUGGACAGACUCCUCCCCCAACCACCCACUACUAGACCGUCUGAUGACUUGAGAAGGGCGCUCCCUCCAUCUCUUUUUCCAUCUAGUUAGUUCCCUAAAGCAGAAUUCUCUCAGAGAGUCCAUGCCCUCAGAAACACAGGAAUCUGAAAUCAGUUUUUCCUGAGCUCUCUACCAAAUCCUCAAGAGAGAAGAAGGCAGGCUUUGUCAUGGUGUUUUAAUGUCAACACCUCAUUUUCCCUUUCCAGUUCUCAAGUGGAUCUUCUCAGGAUGCCCGGCUCUCUCCCAGCCUCUGUUGCCAUAGAACUGGGGCUGACCUGAGAAAUAUGAACAGCUACCACCCUUCCUGCACCCAUGCCGGAUUCUCAGAAAUUCAAAUUUGCAACUAUUGUCCAACAGUCUGACCUUGUGCUCCGGGCAGUUCUGCCCUGGAAAGAUUUCUUUUUCCUGUUUCCUGUGAAUGGGAAGACCUUAGCCAAUGCUCUUUUCUCUCUUUUAUAUUAUUUUUUUCUGAGACAGGGCCUCACCAUGUAGCUCCGGCUAUCCUUGAGCUCACUGUGUAGACUAGGCUGGCCUCAAACCCACAGAGAUCCACCUGCCUUUGCCUCCCAUG